GGGACGGGGCGGGAGGGAGCGGGAGGCGGCGUCCGUCGCUCCAGCUGCGAGUCCGCCCGCCGCCCGCCGCCGGCUCGGUCCCGCGCCCGCCAUGGCCCGCCUGACGGAGAGCGAGGCGCGCCGGCAGCAGCAGCUGCUGCAGCCGCGGCCCUCGCCCGUGGGCAGCAGCGGGCCCGAGCCCCCCGGGGGGCAGCCCGACGGCAUGAAGGACCUGGACGCCAUCAAGCUCUUCGUGGGCCAGAUCCCGCGCAACCUGGACGAGAAGGACCUCAAGCCGCUCUUCGAGCAGUUCGGCCGCAUCUACGAGCUCACGGUGCUCAAAGACCCCUACACGGGCAUGCACAAAGGCUGUGCCUUUCUCACCUACUGUGCCAGGGACUCCGCCAUCAAAGCUCAGACCGCCCUGCACGAGCAGAAGACCUUGCCGGGGAUGGCGCGGCCAAUCCAGGUGAAGCCUGCGGACAGCGAAAGUCGCGGAGGUAGGGACCGGAAGCUGUUUGUGGGGAUGCUGAACAAGCAGCAGUCGGAGGAGGACGUGCUGCGGCUGUUCCAGCCCUUCGGGGUCAUCGACGAGUGCACUGUGCUCCGCGGGCCUGAUGGCAGUAGCAAAGGCUGUGCCUUCGUGAAGUUUUCCUCUCACACAGAGGCCCAGGCGGCCAUCCACGCCCUGCAUGGCAGCCAGACCAUGCCGGGUGCCUCCUCCAGCCUGGUGGUCAAGUUUGCUGACACGGACAAGGAGCGAACGCUGCGGCGCAUGCAGCAGAUGGUGGGCCAGCUGGGCAUCCUGACGCCGUCCCUCACCCUGCCCUUCAGCCCCUACAGUGCCUACGCCCAGGCUCUUAUGCAGCAGCAGACCACGGUCCUGUCCACCUCGGGCAGCUACCUGAGCCCCGGCGUGGCCUUCUCACCCUGCCACAUCCAGCAGAUUGGCGCCGUCAGCCUUAAUGGGCUGCCUGCCACGCCCAUCGCCCCCGCCUCUGGGCUGCACUCGCCCCCACUGCUUGGUACCACCGCCGUGCCCGGCCUUGUGGCUCCCAUCACGAAUGGCUUUGCUGGUGUGGUGCCAUUCCCCGGCGGGCACCCCGCCCUAGAGACCGUGUAUGCCAAUGGCCUUGUGCCCUACCCAGCUCAAAGCCCGACCGUGGCUGAGACCCUCCAUCCUGCCUUCUCCGGAGUCCAGCAGUACACAGCCAUGUACCCCGCCGCGGCCAUCACGCCCAUUGCGCACAGCGUCCCCCAGCCGCCACCCCUCCUGCAGCAGCAGCAGCGAGAAGGUCCCGAAGGCUGUAACCUGUUUAUCUACCACCUCCCCCAGGAGUUUGGAGACACGGAGCUGACCCAGAUGUUCCUGCCCUUCGGCAAUAUCAUCUCCUCCAAGGUGUUUAUGGAUCGGGCCACCAACCAGAGCAAAUGUUUUGGCUUCGUGAGCUUUGACAACCCGGCCAGCGCACAGACGGCCAUCCAGGCCAUGAACGGCUUUCAGAUCGGCAUGAAGAGGCUCAAGGUGCAGCUGAAGCGGCCCAAAGACCCCGGACACCCCUACUGAGCGUGCCACAGCCGCCCGGAGCCGCGGGCGGGGCCCAGCAUACCCCUCAGAAAAACACCCCCAAACAGACACGUCCCAAGAGUGUAUUUCACCGUCAGAGCCAACAACCUUACCAACUAAUCACCUUCUUUGGGGAACGAAGUGAGCCUCGGGGCCGAGGGAGCCUUGUAAUUGACCUCACGCCUUGACCAGCCUCACCUGUGAAGUGGCUAAUGGAAGUUGCCUUCCCCGUGGCGGCCGGCUGGGGAGGACGCACCCGGGGACGCGGUGUUUUCCCAGCCGAGCCCAGGACCCGCCACCUGGAAAGCUUGCGGGCAUUCCUUUGGAUUUUUUUUUUGCCUUUACCGCCAUCGCCGCCGUCAUCAGCGCACCAUGCCUGGGGUCCGUCCGGCACGAAGUAGCUGCUCAGUUGGGGCCUGCGCCUGCUUUGCAAACCCUCUCGGGUCUGUACCCGCAGAUUCGAGCACGUCCAGUCCCGGAUCAGGCAACGAACAGGCGCCCCGUGCACUUUGAACACUCCAGGACAGCAGACUCUCACUGAGCACCUACUGUGCGCUGGGCACCAUGUCCAGAGCUCGGGGACCCAGCUGCAGGGGAACAGGCGGGGCAGGGGUGGGGGAGGCUGCCUCCGCGGAGCUUCAGUGGCAGGAGUGGGGCUCAGGGCACAGAGAUAAGCAGACAUUUCUGGCGACUCUGAGUCCCUUCCAAGCUCAGUUUGUCAGCCUCCAAACCCCAAAAUGGACUCUGAAAAGAUGGGGGCCCUUGGGGGCCUGGACCCCAGCCUGGCCAGGCAAGGGGGUGGGUGGGAGGCGAUGUCGGCCUGCGCACCCCCCAUCACGGCUCCUAACGCCCCUCCCUUCUCCACCAGGUGAGGGGCCUUCCCACCCGAGGGUUUCCCGCUUCCAACCGAUCCAGGACUUUUCCGUAAAUUACAACCGAGUUUGGACACCAGCCCUCCCUCUCCCACCUCCCCCUGCCCCCUCCCCAAAAUGUGAAACGCUACCGAAGGCCACAGAGAGCGGGCAGAGGGCUUUGUGGUCUGCCCCGGCGUCGGGGGCCUCAGCUGGGGGCCCAAGGGGCUCAGCGUCCCCUCCUUGGUGGCUUCCCCAAAUGCAAUCGCAACUUUUCCUAUAUAUAUAUAUACGUAUAUAUAUAGAGCUAUAGACAGUAUAUAUAUUUUUUGAGUAUAGAUCACGGGACCAAACUUUUCCGACUUCCUUCCAUCCAAGAGAAGGUGACCCGGGGCCGGUCACUCAGCAGGGACAGAGAAGGGCUGAGGGUGACCGGGCAGCCUGGUGUCUCCCCGCUUCCUGCUGCCAUGUCAGACCAGGGCGCCAGAGGAGCACUGGGCGUCAUCAGCCGGCACGAUAUACCUCCACGACUUUUGGCCCCUGCCACUGACGACUCUCGAGGGCCUUCGGGCUCAGCCAGCUUGAGUGUCCUUGGUCCUCGCUGCAGCUUCCGGAACCUCCUUCCACCCCCACUUGUCCCAGGGCCCUGCCUUCCCCGGAUGUAGGCACAAGAGAGAACCCCCUGGCCUCCCCCCAAGUCAUAGCCUUACUCAUGUGACCAAUAGCCCUUAGCUUUCCGUCGGGGGGGUGGGGGACGGGCAGGGUUGGGGGCAGCCCCCCUGCCCUCGCGCCCCCUCCCAAGGGCAGGCAGCCACCCUCCCUGCCUUCGGAUCACCAGCCUGGAAUUCACGAUCUCAUGACCGAGGUUGGCGCACGCGAUGGGCAAGCCCAGCCUGCACUGGUCAGACUCCCCUUUACCAGAGAUACCUCUACCAAGAAAAGAGUUUUUUGGUUGUUUUUUUAAAUUUAAUUUUGGUCUUUCUGAGCAGGUACAAAGAAGACAAAAACGGGGAAAAGGACUCACACGGCAAAGCAUUUUUGUUUACUAGUUGGGGCGGGAGGGAGAGCUUGUGGGUGCCUCUGUACAGCUGCCCAAACCGUGAAAAACCCACCUUGAAGCACAGAGUCAAGUUUGUUCGGACCUCCGGCGGGGCCUCUCGCCGAAGGAGGCGCCAGAGGACUUAACUAAGUUCAAGAAGAAGAAAAAAUUUGUAAAGAAAAAACAUUCCCUCCGUU